AUGUCGUACAUGAAAGCUCCAGCUCCAAGCAAAUCGACGUCGCUCUUCUCGACUCCAGGACCGAAGUGUUCGAUGCCGAACUUCGUCGUCCUCAACUUUGAUGUGAUGUCGACUUCUGAUCAGGUCCAGCUUGUCGAGCAAUGCUUCCUCACGUUUUAUACAUACAUGCAUACAAAGUCGCCAAACAACGCCGAAAUGAAAUUCCCAACCGUGUUCGACACUCGCCGCAUGCUUGAUGAUCAUCCGUUGAAGUCGGGACUCGAUCCGAAUUGUCGAACAACGUCGCCGUUGUGUCCGGACUCGUUCGCCAAGGUUAUGAAGAGCAUUGACACGUUCAUCUUCGACGCUGACGGCGUCCUUUGGCUUGGAGAGGGUGUGAUGCCAGGAUCGCCAAGACUUAUCGAAUACCUCAUCAAGCACGACAAGCAGAUCAUUGUGCUUACUAACAACGCGACCAAAUCGCGAGCAGUGUACGCCAAGAAGCUUUCGAAACUAGGGUACAACGCAAAACUCAAUAAGAACACAUUGGUGAAUCCCGCCGCCGUGGUGGCUGACACCCUUCAUCGAGCCGGACUCAAUGGAAAGAAGGUGUACCUCAUUGGAGAGCAGGGUCUUCGCGAGGAGAUGGACGAGCUCGGCAUCGAAUACUUCGGCCAUGGAGCCGAGAAGAGUGACGUCGAUUCGCUUGGAGCUGGAGCGUUCAUGUACGACAUCAAACUUGAGGACGACGUUGGCGCUGUCGUCGUCGGCUAUGAGAAGUACUUUGACUAUUGCAAGCUGAUGAAGGCCGCCAACUAUCUUCGCGAAGACGGCGUCCUCUUCAUCGCCACCAAUGAAGAUGAGACGUGUCCGGGACCGAAUCCCGACGUCGUCAUUCCGGACGCCGGCCCGAUCGUCGCCGCCAUCAAAUGCGCGUCGGGACGAGACCCGUUGACUGUUGGCAAACCGUGCACGCCGGCAUUCAACUACAUCAAGCGAAAGUUCAAUAUCAAUCCGGCUCGAACAAUGAUGAUCGGCGAUAGAACCAAUACCGAUGUGAAGUUCGGAAGAGAUCACGGCCUCAAAACGAUGCUCGUGCUCUCCGGAUGCCACCAAAUCGAGGACAUCAUCGAGAAUCAGAUGAACGAACGCGACGACAUGAUUCCCGACUACGUCGCUCCAUGCCUCGGCGCUCUCGUUCCAGAACGCUUCUAA